CCCCUCGACGGAGGCAGCUCCGCCGCCGCCUCGCUUCAGGCGCCGCCGCCGCCGGGAAAGGAGCGAAGCGGGCGAGGCGGGCGAGGCGGACGCGCGGGCAGAUCCGUGUGGCUCCUCGAUGCGCCCCGGCGGGGAGGGCAGCGGCGGCCGCCAUGGGGUCGUGCGUGACCAAAGAUUUCCUCACAAGCGCCCACAAGGACCAGCCUGUUGUCACCCCUCAGCUGGAAAGCCCUCCUGUUGCCCCACAAGAGAGCCAUGGCCUUUCCAAUGCCCCAGUGAAGGAUGGCAGCGAGAAAUGCUUCAAGCCCUCUGGCGGGCUCCUCUCCAGUGGAGACACCGAGUCCCCCAGCACCUACCACGUGACGGCCCUCGCCACCUCUUCCCUGGGGGGCCUCGUCCAGAGCAUCAAAGACCACGUCACCAAGCCCACAGCCAUGGCUCGUGGCCGUGUGGCCCACCUUAUUGAGUGGAAGGGCUGGAGCGCUCCGAGGACGGGCUGGGAGCAGGCCCUGACGGAGGAGGAGAUCUACGCCGACCUCACCGAUGAGCUGAAGGAGGCCUGGUUUGCAGCAGGUGUGGCUGAGCAGUUUGCCAUCGCCGAAGCCACGCUGAGCGCUUGGUCCUCCAUGGAUGAAGAGGAGCUGAAUUACAGGGGGGAUUUGCAGGAAGGCCCCCGGCUCCAAGACCUGAGAGGCCUCUAUCUGCCGCCGGGGACCUUCCUCCUCACCCCACAGGGCACAGGGAGCCCCUCCAACUUGGACAGCAGCCUCCCAGCCUUCUCCCUCUCCAGCUGCAAGUCCCCCCUGCCCACCGGCUGGAGCACCCCAAUGGACAGCCUGGCAAAGGGCUUGCCGCAGGAAGCGGGGCAGGAGAGCCCGGUGGGGUCCCUGUGGCUCCAGCGCAGUAGCACCUCCCUCCGAUACGUUGACAGCAGCUCCCUCUCGGAGGACGAGGUGUUCUAUAACUAGAGGACUCUGGAGGGAGGGCAGGGUCUGGGCUGGG